AUUCCACGAUUUCCAAUUUAAAGAGAAAUUCCGCUUACGCAGGUCAGAAGUCGAACUUGUCCUGCAACGAAUCGGUGCAUUUCUCCCAGCAUCGGACAAGAAUAUGUCGUUGAAUCCCAGAGAACAAAUACUACUUGCACUUCAUUGGAUGGGAAAUGGCGAACCCUACCACGGACUUGGAGAUAUGCACGGUGUCUCGAAGUCUACCGUUUGUCGUGUGGUCGAUCGAGUGGUGACUGUGACAGUAAAUCAUUUUUUACAGGAUGUAGUAAGAUGGCCGGACGACACGAGUGCUAUUGCGCCAGAAUUUUUGCGCAUUGGGGGAUUUCCGUCUGUUUGUGGAUGCAUUGAUGGGAGCCUAAUCAAAAUCGAUUCGCCUCCCGUUAAUGAGGAACAAUAUGUCGAUCGAAACGGAAACCAUUCUCUAAAUCUAAUGGGUAUAUGUGGACCGGACCAUUCGUUUUAUUUUGUCUCGUGUCGCUGGCCCGGCUCUGUCCACGAUGCUCGUGUUCUAAGACGAUCUAGCGUGACUGAUAGGUUUACAAAUGGAUGGCGUCCUUUCCCUGGGGCUGUGAUACUUGGGGACUCGGCAUACCCACUCAAAAGUUGGCUAAUGCCCCCCAUUGUAGAGGCGAACAAUAUCCCGGAGACAAUUCGGUACAAUAGGGCACACAAAGGGACAAGAAGAUUAGUCGAGUGCGCCUACGGAAUUGUAAAGGAGCGAUUCCCCUGUCUUAAUUAUAUGCGAUUGCGCCCAAUUGUUGCAGCAAAAGUGGUCAUGACGUGUAUCACCUCCCACAACAUUGCAUCACGGGAUGAUUUUUUAGUUGAUCUCGAAAUAAAUGAUGACAACAUGCCUAACGUUGAAAAUUUUCCAGCCGAAAGAAAUGGGAAUGAACGACAACAAGAAUUCCUUCGAUAUUUUAGACGCUAAAUGUUUGAUAAAAAAUUAUAUUAGCAGAAAUAUACUUAUUCAUGUAAGAAAAGGUUUUUACAAAAAUUAUAAGUAGCUUUAAAUAGCCCAAUGUUUGUAUACAACCUAACUUAAAAAGAUACAAUUAUUCAUCAAAUAAAACUUUUGUAUAUUCAG